CCACCAAUCCUCUCUCUCUAAACUCUCUUCUUUCUCUCUCUAAACCCCCUUCCCCGAAUUCGGCCCCAAUUGUCCUUCUCUUUCAGACAUCACCGGCGGAGGCUCGAUACGGUUCCGCCGAACGACGUCGUUCGGUGAUGGCUUCUGUCUGCUCUUCGGCAUUGGUACGCGUUUUCACUGUAUCAGUGAAACUUCGUGGUACUGCUUGGAGAUUGAUUGAGCUUGGCUGCUCAUGUAUCUUGGUUUGAUUCGGGUGGGUUUGUGAUAAUCUCAGGACAGAGUUUUUGAAAUUAGGGUUUGGGGGGUGAUUUGAUGAGAUGAAGGAGGGUUUGCGAUCUGGGAGUUUAGCGGCCCAGCUCGAGAGGGGGAAUGGGCCUUCGAGCCGUGUGAUUGUUCGGAGAAGGGGAAAUGAGGCGAUUAACAAUGGUGGUUUAGAGAGUGAAGAAAAGGGUUUGAAUUCAAAUGAUCAGAGAUGCCCGCUAUUGAUUUCAAGUGAUUUGGAGGUGAAUGGAGAGUCCAAGGAAACUGCAAUUGUGCCUUUGCCAAAGGAAAGUGUGAAAGUUGAGUGUGAAUGUGAAGAAGUUGGCAAAGCUAGCGAACCGGGACGACGUGGGAGGAAAAGGGGUAGGAAGAGUAAGUCUGAAUGUGGUGAAGGUGGGAUUGGGGAUUGUAAGAAGGUGAAGGAGUCUUUGGAGUGUAAAGUUGAGGUUGUUGGUAGGGUUCUACGGUCAAAGACUGUGGCAAUGCAAGCCAUUCAGAUGGAAAAAAAUGGGAGUGGGAAAGAAGUUGAUCUUGAACAGAGUGAAAGCGAUAUGGUUGGCCAAAGGGACAGUGGUAGUGCUCAUUAUGACAAGAAAAGGGUGAAGAUAGAGGAAGAUGAAUCUGAUGGUGGCUCAAGAAAGAAGUUGAAAGGGAAACAGGGGAGACCUGUUCAUGUGGAACGAAAACGUGGGAGGCCACGUAAGGAUCAAGGGAAAAAUGUGGUGUUGGAGAGGGUACUUGAUGAGAAAGAAGAGGCAAGUGGGUCAGAGAAAGUGAAACGAAAACGUGGCAGGCCUCCUAAGGUACUGGGGAAAAAUGUGGUGUUAGAGAGGGUAAAGAACAAAAAGGCAAGUGGGUCAAAGAGAAACACAAGGGCCUCUAAGUUGGAAGGCAUUGUCCAGCGGAAUGGACCAAACAGUCAUAUAGGGACAGAAUCAAGCAGAUUUUCAUUAACUGAAAAAAGUAAAUCCCAUGAACUGGGCAUACAGGAGCAUGAAACUUCAUCAGGUGUAAGAGGCAAGGGAGUGGGUGCUUUUGGUUUUAGGAAAGGGAAAAGGGGAGGAAGAAAAGCUAAACACAAGAAAGGAAAAAGCAAAGAUGGUAGAGCUGCCGAAAAGAAGUUAGUAAGAGAGCAAAUAAUAGAUAUGCUUAUAAGGGCGGGUUGGACAAUUGAUUAUAGGCCUAGGAGGGAUAAAGAGUAUAAUGAUGCAGUGUAUACAAGUCCUACAGGGCGGGGCUACUGGUCGGUCACCUUGGCUUACAAUGUGCUUAAAAGCCACUAUGAAGAUGGUCAUUGUGAGCCUGGUUUUACAUUUACUCCAAUACCAGAUGGGGUUCUCACGAAACUGAAGAGGAAUGCUAGUAAGGGAAAGAAGAGAAGAUUGAAAUUGGAGCAAGAAUAUGACAGCGGAGGUGAGAUGAAAUGUUGUAUCGUAAAAAAGAAAUCUGGAAAAAAUAAACAUGCUGGAGGGAAGUCAUCAAACAGGAAAAUGAAAGGGAGAUCAUCUCUUUCUGGGCAAGAUAAUUUAACUGGGACGCUACAUAAGGGAAUAUUAACAUCAGUCAGGAACCGCAAAUUACAAAGAACUCAAAAUACAAAACGAUUUGCUCUUUUGGCCCGCCACUCUAAGGAAGGGUUGACUACAGAUACUGAUGGCUAUGUACCAUAUUCUGGGAAACGAACACUGCUUUCCUGGAUGGUUGAUUUGGGAACUGUGCCACUCAAUGCAAAGGUGCAAUAUAUGAAUCGAAGAAAAACACGGGCACUGCUUGAGGGUUGGAUUUCAAGAGAUGGCAUUCGCUGUGGUUGCUGUAGUGAAAUACUCACAAUUUCGAAAUUUGAGAUUCAUGCAGGAACGAAAUUGUGCGAACCAUCUCAAAAUAUAAUUUUAGAGACUGGGAUUUCUCUGUUACAGUGCCAGCUAGAUUCAUGGAAUAAACAAGAGGAGUCUGAAAGAAGUGGGUUCCACCUUGUAGACGUUGGUGCUGAUGAUCCAAAUGAUGAUACCUGUGGCAUAUGUGGAGAUGGUGGGGACUUGAUCUGUUGUGAUGGUUGUCCAUCAACAUUCCACCAAAGCUGCUUGGAUAUACAAAAGUUCCCUUCAGGUGACUGGCACUGUAUAUAUUGUUCAUGCAAGUUUUGUGGAAUGUUCAGUGGGAACACAGAUCAAAUGAACUACAAUCUUGAUGUAAACGAUUCUGCAUUACUUACUUGCCAAUUGUGUGAGGAAAAAUAUCAUCACAUGUGUACUCAGGGAGAAGAUUCUAUACUUGAUGAUUCCAGUAGUCCUUCCUUUUGUGGGAAAACAUGCCGAGAGCUCUUUGAGCAACUACAGAUGCUUCUUGGGGUUAAACAUGAAUUGGAAGAUGGAUUUUCAUGGACUCUUGUUCAGCGAACUGAGGUUGGCUUUGAUAUAUCCCUUAAUGGAAUACCUCAGAAGGUUGAAUGCAAUUCCAAGCUAGCUGUUGCAUUGUCUAUUAUGGAUGAGUGCUUUUUGCCUAUAGUUGAUCAAAGAAGUGGGAUCAAUUUGAUUCAUAAUGUUCUCUAUAAUUGUGGUUCAAACUUUAAUAGGCUCAAUUAUAGUGGCUUCUUCACUGCUAUUCUUGAGAGGGGGGAGGAGAUCAUCUCUGCUGCAUCUAUUAGGAUCCAUGGAAACAAGUUAGCUGAGAUGCCAUUCAUUGGAACUCGCCAUAUUUAUAGGCGCCAAGGGAUGUGCCGUCGGCUUCUGAAUGCAAUUGAAUCUGCUCUUCACUCUCUCAAUGUUGAGAAAUUGGUCAUACCUGCUAUCUCCGAACUCAUGCAAACAUGGACUUCAGUUUUUGGUUUCAAGCCUCUUGAAGUGUCGAGCAGAAAAGAAAUGAGGAACAUGAAUAUGUUAGUCUUCCAUGGUACAGACAUGCUACAGAAACCACUAUUGAAAGAUCAGUCUGCCGAAGAAAGCAUGAUCCCCAGUGCAGUUUUGGAGUCCAAUGAACUUAAGAAGGAUCUUGAUAUUAAGCAUGGGGUAGCAAAUAAUUCUGAUAAGACAUGUUCCCCUGGGUCUGAUUUGAAUAUUUCCAGCAAGGGUGCCAAUCUUUCUCUGGCAAUAUGCAAUGGGCCUGCUGCUGUGGAAUCUGGUUCACAGCUUAAUGAAGGCUCCUUGAAUGAUUCAUCUGACAUCACAAGUGAGACAACCAAUUUCCCAGAAUCUGCUACUAAUGAAAAAAGUCUAGUCCAUGAUAAUCUGGAGGGGAAAAAUAGAACUGUCAUAUGUCCUCAGCCUUCUGCUUGUGAUGCUCAUGCAGUAAAUGCACACUCAGCUACUGAAGGGAUUGAUAAACAUCAAACUGCUGUUGAUGAUUCUAUCAUUCUGGCUCCUGCUGAGAGGACUGUUGAAUCUGACUCCAAAUUGAAUCAACAGAGAACAUGUGACGUGGAAAAAAAACCACUUGGAGUUUCUUGCCUUGGGUCUGAAGCAACUGGCUGUGAGAAAGAAGUUUUUCAUGCAUGCAAGGAGGGUAAGGAAACUGUUGGUUUUGAGCUGAAAAAUGACAUUAUAAAACAAAGUAAUAAUUCCUUGGAUGACAAUAUUAAUCCUCAACACCUGGAUGUGGAUUUUUCACAUGGGUCAGGCGAGAAUACUGCUUGCCUUAAUUUUGGGGCUAGAAGUCAGAUGUCUGAUGAUGCAAAGGAUGGAAAGCACAGUGAUUUUCAGCAGUUGCAGGUCAUAGGAUAUACUUUGGAAGCUGAUGACAAGGUGCGAAAUACUCUCAAAGCUGAGGAUGGGGUUGCAGUUGUUGGUCCUAAACCUUCAGCACCAGGUGGGGCAUGUCCAACAUCUACUCAGUGUUCUGAGAUUCUGUGCCAGAGGUGCACCUCUUCAAAUGAAGCAGUUUCUCACCUGAUGCCCCCAUCUACUCCCCAAAAAGUGCGAGAUGUAGCAAAUGAUCCCUGCGCAGCUUUGCUGGUUGGCUGUGAUCUUGGAUCUUCCUGUCAGGGUGAUGGACUUGAUUCUCAUAAACUAGAAUAUGUCGCUGCUUCAGUUAAUACUAAUUGCCAACCUUCUGAUGCCGCCACAGAACCUAAUGAACAUCUCCAGCCCAUGGAGUUGGCAUCAGGCCUUGACAGAAAUGAUGUUCCUGAGUCUGAUGCAUGUGCCUUCACUUGUCCUGUUGGAAUGAGCCAUCAAACUCCUAAAGACUCCCAUAAGGCCAGUGAAACCGGCCUUUGUUCUCAUGAUGAUGGUUUUCCUCCAGACAGGCCUCAGACUGUCAUUGAGUCUGAUUCUGUGGCUGACCACUCAAGCUCAGGUUCUGGUAUGGCCCUUCUCUGUGCCUCCGGCGGGUGUAAAGCAGGUGGUGCUCCUGAGGUGAUGGUAGUUUCAAACCAGGCUAGUUAAUUUUCUUCUCCCCAUUAGCCACAGCCCCUCUGAAAGCAGCCUUGUACAAAUGAUAGGGAGUGCUCUUCUUGCUGGAUUCACAGACUCAACUUUCAUUUUCUCAAUUGGGAUAUCAAUAGGGUUUUUUUUUGGUGGUGAAAACUACAAACAAGUAAGCACAGAAGAGUUGUGUCAUUUAGGUUAUGAUCAUCUCAAAGUUUUGGGGGUUUGUUUAAAAUUUUUGUCCAGGUAUAGCUUUAAAGAGGUCUGUAACUUAGUAGUAUCCUCAAAUCUCAAUCAUGACUUAAAUGCUACCUUGAUUCAGAGGAGGUGGUGUACAGCAGACUUGCCCCAUCUUCAUUGUAAAUGUGGAAGAAGUCAAGCCUAAUUGAUAGGAAAUAGCUGUUUCCAAUUUUCCAUA